UAUCAAUGUGGCGUACUAUACCUCUGUUUCUACAUAAAUAUUCGUCUUUUACAGUGUAAUAUUGAUUAACAGUAAUUUGAUGAAAUUUUCAAAUAUUUAUAAGAACUUUAAAUAAAUAUAAAAAAUGCAGUGCAUAAAACAAUAUGUACGCUUUGUAUUAAGUAAACCAUUUAGUAUAAAUAACUUAAAUUGUUCAUCCAAUAUAUUGAAAUCAUCGUACGCUAUUCCAUCUUCUAAUAUACAUGGAUCUCCUAUAUUAGAUGGCAGAAAUUCUGACGAAGAACAGAGCAAAUUUCUUAAAUAUAAUGAAAUUAUUUUUCCUCCACAAAAAGAAGGUGAAGAAAAACGACCUGGUUAUGUAUGUCACAUGAAAAAGAACAUAAAGUACAGUCAACUAAAACUAUGGUAUAUUGCUUGCUUUGUGAGAGGUAUGUCUGUAGAUGAAGCUGUUAAACAAUUAAGUUUUAUGACCAAAAAAGGUGCAGCUAUCGUAAAAGAAAUUAUAUUAGAGGCACAACAGAUGGCUGUAGAUGAGCAUAAUAUUGAAUUUAAGAGUAACUUAUGGGUUGCUGAAUCUUUUGCAACAAAAAACAAGGUGAUAAAAGGAAUGCGUCGUCAUGCCAGAGGUCGUAUUGGAGAAAUACGUUACAAAUAUAGUAAUUAUUACGUACGUUUAGAAGAAGGAAAACCACCGAAACAUUAUUAUGCACCAGAACCUAAAGAUGGCGAAGAAUUACUACAAGAUUGGUUGGAUAAAAUGCGUCGUCGUAAAGUGCACAAUUCACUGUAAUCUAUAAUAUGUAUAAAAAUAAACCAAAAAACUCAAUCAACAUGCAACAUUUAUUCUAUUACUUUUGUUUUGUUUAAAAAAUAGGUUCAGCUAUAUUUAACUACACAUACUAAAUCGUAAUAGCAUACGCCACAAUUGG